AUGUCACAGAUUGUCAACGAUCGUCACUCUCGGCGGGUGGCGGAUGCUCACACCUGCGGGGCCAGCCCCGUUGUCAAGUGCUCCGGCGGCCCAGAGCGAGACCUCAACUCGUUCUACUGCACCCGGUAUUCUACGACCCACAAUGGGCAGCCUUGGCACCCAGACGAUCCGCUUCCCAACAUGCCGCCGAGAGACGCACAGUCCAAGAAGAUGGCGGCAGGCGGCAUCGGAGGAUACUAUCCGCCCGGCGGGGUGCCAUCACAGAUGCAGAAGCAGCGGACAGGAUAUACCAAGAACCUUGUGCCCUUUGUGCGCUACAACAAGUCUGUCGACGAAGGCCCGCAUCUGCAGUUCCAGGUCGGCAAUCCGUUCGUCAGCACCCACACGACCUUCUUCGCAUCGCCUUCCUCGCCACGAGAUUACAUCGCAGAGGGCGACAACAAUAUCAACAUGGUGAUCGAGUCGGGAUUCACACGGCUGCCCAAGUGGAAGGUCACGGACGACGGAACGAAACCUGUCGAGAAGCGAUCGACCACCAAAAGCCACCACGAGCAUUCAUACUUGCACUUCAAGGAGGCGAGCCACAACAAAUCGAAGAUCAUACCGUCUGCAACGGCCUAUAUCAGCGACGAAGCCAACAUCAAGGAUCUCGGUAACGGAGAGGUCUUUGAUCGAUUCUAUAGACCGCCACGACCUACCGAGCCGUCAUGGAGAGACUUUAACACAACCCACAUGAAGGAAAGCGGAUACUCCCGCUCGACAUUCAAAGAUGCCGUGAAACUCAGACCCGGGGUCGAGAUGGAUCUGAAUCCGGCGCAGUUUCCGGCACACAUUACUGAGCGAAUCAAGAAAAACGACCCGACUCGAUGGGUCCACUUGGUUGACAAACAGGCCCGCACCAAUGUCUCGAGGAUUCUGCACGAUGCCCCGGACCCGAGCAUGGCUUUGGCGAGAGAGCUCCGACAAGGGCCUAUCGAGAUUGGGUCGAAAGAGCCAACCGGCGGAGUGCGCAACAAUCCCAAGUUUAUUUACGAGCCCGAACCGGCGCCGGUGGAGCGGUUUUCGACCGAGUCUGGGAGGAGAUUCGCCGCCCCAAGAGAGUCGUUCGAUCCAAACAAUUUCAAGUGCGACAAGAUUGUCAAAUCGGGCUUUUCGGACGGGAAUCGCUACAAGUACAUCAACCCACACACGAGGGAUGCUCAAGCGUUUGCAAAGCUCCAUCCGACCGAGGCGCAGAGAAAGUGGAUCGCCGAAAACGGGCUCCAUACGAGGGUUCCAACACGCCCAGGCUACCAACUCAAGGUUGAAUCGUAAAUCUCCUGCGCCGCGCAGUCUAGGCAAUCCGGAUACUGAGUGUCCUGGAUAUGAGGAUAAUGAACCAGGCUCGAGCAGAAAUGGCGGGCUCUCUGUGGCUUAUCGCCCUAUUGGUUCAUGGGCAAUGGUUUCGCUGGGAAAGGCUUGUGGCCGAUAGCUUGCACCGAGCAGGUUUCAGUCGAGCCAUUGCAGGUGUAUCGCCCAUAUCGCUUCUUUCCUUAAAAUAAAAGCACACAGAGAGUAUCAUCGGUAUUCGAGUGUGCCCAUC